AUGGCUCCGAGAGAUUCCACGCUACCGCCACGCUUUUCGAAGAAGGCGCAGCAGCACCCUCAACUGCAGCAGCAAGUGAACGAAGAGGAGCAGGAAUUUCUUGAACAAGUGCGACUUGCUGCAAGUAUGUUGCUUUUUCCUACAUUCAAGAAACGUGCUGAGAUUUUUUUAAUAAUGGUGCAGUUGCUACUCCACGGCGAAUACCAAGACAGUGCAGGCAAUCGGCGUGGCAUCUCGAUGCCAUACGUUGAAUAUAUCACCAAAUUCUGUGACACCGGCAACCAACCCGGAAGCCAUACGUUGAAUAUGCCACCAACUUCUGUGACACCGGCAACCAACCCGGAGAUGGUACCGGCGCGAGCGAAUCUGGAAUCUGCUGCGACGUCAUCCAACUUACAGCAGCCACAGUCCCACGAUUUACUAACAAUGCUGGAAGGUAUGGCGGAGGAGAUCGACGUGCAAGAAAUGGAAGAGUUUUGUUCGUUUUCAAUUCACUUUCGCAUGCCGCCCUACAUUUAG